GAGGAGGGGAGAGAAGCUGGUGAUAGAUAAGAGGCCUACUGGGUUGCACUGCUUCUUCCAGGGCCUGUGACAGGCACAAACGACACUUGGCCUCCUCUGAAGCAGAAGCAGCAUGGUGGUUCUGGCCCUGACCCUCCUUGUGGCCGCCAUUGCUACGUUCUCGCUGGGAGUUCUGCUGUGGGUGAUCUGGAUACAGUUUUGGACUGAACACAUCCCUGAAGGCAUCACUCAUCCUGUGAGGCUGAGGAUCCUCAGCUGCCUUUUACGUCUGACAAUGACAUGGGGGAUGAUUUUUGAGAAGCUGGGACUGUGUUAUGCACCCCAGUUUGCCAGUUUUGUGCAUGAUCUGAAGCCACUCAAGAGAGAUCCUGAUGUUGUGGUCACGGACCUUCGCUUUGGGACAAUCCCUGUGAAACUCUACCAGCCUAAGGAACACUCCUCCACUCUCAGGCCCGGCGUCAUCUUCUUCCAUGGAGGUGGAACUAUCCUAGGGAGCUUAAGAACGCACCACAACAUUUGCUUACGUUUGUCCAAGGACUGUGGCUCUGUUGUUUUGGCCGUCGGAUACAGAAAGUCUCCUAAGUACAAGUACCCAGUGAUGAAAGACGACUGUAUAGCAGCCACCACCCAGUUUCUGAAGUCGUUGCAGGUGUAUGGAGUGGACCCAGCUCGGGUUGUGGUCUGUGGUGACAGCGUGGGAGGGAACGCAGCCACUGUGGUUUGUCAAGAAUUUCUGAAGCAAGCAGAUCUUCCCCGGAUCCGGGCUCAGAUUUUGAUCUACUCUUCACUGCAAAGCAUAGAUUUUCGGGGCCCUUCUUAUCAACAGAACGCCAACAUUCCACUGCUCUCUUGGAAUCUGGCCUUUUACUGUUGGUGUUGUCACUUAGACUUGAGGACUUCCUGGAAAAAUGCCAUCAAGAACGGUACCCAUUUGCCUCCGGAAGUCUGGGAGAAAUACAGAAAGUGGUUGGGCUCAGAAAACAUCCCAGAGAGGUUUAAGAAGCGAGGCUACCAAUACAUACCCCCAGGACCUGUGAAUGAAGACGCUUACCAGGAGAUAAACCUCACACUGAACUCAGUAUGCUCGCCCCUCAUCGCAGAAGAUGAUAUAGUGUCUCGGCUCCCAGAAACCUGCAUUGUAAGCUGCGAGUAUGACCUUCUUCGGGACCAUUCGCUCUUAUACAAGAAGAGGCUGGAAGAUCUGGGGGUGCCUGUGACGUGGCACCACAUGGAGGAUGGCUUCCAUGGAGUGCUUAAUACCCUUGACUUUGGCUUCUUGACUUUCCCUUGCUCCUCAAGAAUUAUGGAUGUGGUUAUCCAGUUUAUUAGAAAGUUGUGACCCUCAUCCCUUCCUGUGGUGGCUCCACCAACCUAGUCUGGGUCCUAGAAGAGUACAAUGUAUGCUCUUUGUGAUGAAUAGAGAAGAGACAGCCUCAGGAGAAUGCAGUGAGACUCCAUGUCCUUGAUCACUCUUGGGGAAAGUCUGAGCUGACCAUCUUCAGCAUCCAUUUGAGAGACUGAAUCUGCAUGAAGCUUGUCCAGAAUCCCCUUAGCUAGAAGUCAGGCUGUCUAGGCUGAUUGAGACUGUAUAACAGAUAGGUAUAUCUGUUAGACUUGACCUGGAAGAAAACAGGUAUGUUGUGUACAGUCUCAUUGAGCUUUGCCAGUGUGGCUCAGGAUGUAGAACUCUGAUGCCCAAGUCUGUUGGGUGGUGGGUGGUCUGUGGUGGUGGUGACACUUUCUGGGUGCCCAACUUGCUUGAACUGAAAGCUAUGAGACAAUGGACAGAUUCUCCCUGGUACGUGGUAUAUAUGGAGACUUUUCUCCUCGUCUGGGCCCAGUGGAACCAUUUCUCUCUGCCCACCAGUCCUUGUAACCACUUAUAACCACUCAGAGGCUCAGUAUUAAUUGUAAUUGUUUGGCCAAUGGCUUACGCAUAUUACUGAGUAGCUCUCCCAAUUAAAUUAACCCAUCUCUACUAAUUCGUAUAUCGUCACAUGGCCAUGGCUUACCAGUGAUACCCUGGCAUGGUACUCCUUUGGCUGCUACAUGGUGUAUGCCUGACUCUGCCUUCUUUCUCUCUGUAUCUUUGGAUUUACCACCUGGCUCUAUUCUGCCUGGUCACCAGGCAAAUCUGCUUUAUUCAUCAACGAAUGAGAGAGACACAUAUUCACAGUGUACGGAAUGACAUCCUACAUCAACAUCUAUAAAGAUGGAUAAAGACAGGCAGAGUUGUAUGCCUAGGAGAACUUAGAAGUUCUGGGUACCAGAGUUGAAUUCCCAACAAAUGGCCCUAAAGUAGUAUCGUAAAUAUUAAGACCAGAAGGAAGCUGAGUUCAACCAAACUCAGGCCACAUUCACAGUGGGAAUUCUAAAGAGAGCCAAGGGAAUAGAUGUGUUAGUGCGAACUAUUUGUUCUAAGACAAAGAGUCAACAAAUAUUGCCCCCAAGUAGCCAUAAAUGGAUUGGCAUAUGUAGCUGUGAAUCUCAGGUAUAAAUCAGAUGUGGCCUGAUAGAGGGAUUUUAAGAUAAGAGCAUUAGCUUACCCUCCCUUAUUUCUGCCCUUAUCUACCCCGUGCUGAACUGUUCGUCUUUCUAUGUGGUACCCCUAACAAUUCCCUACUAAGUUCUUUAAGAGUUAUAUUCAUAUGGGCAUAUCCAUUUUUCUCAGCUGACUCAACAAAAAUUUCAAAGUGAUUUAUUGAUUCUACUGAUUUUCUUGAGCUGUGUGCUGUGGUUACAAACAAAGAAAUAGACUUUGUUUGUAUGACUGAGCAGUCCAAAGUCUAUGCUAUCCUUGGAGUAGAAUAUAUGUAGUUGGCUGUUUUUUUACUCUUUGGUUCUUUGGGAGGCCCAGCACCCAGCUCCCAAAUAAGUCAUAUAGAGUGACUUUCUUUCUCAUAAAUGCUCGGCAUUAGCUUGGCUUGUUUCUUGCCAACUUUUCUUAAAUUAUCCCAUCUACCUUUUGCCUCUGGGAUUUUACCUUUCUGUUUUUGUAUAUCUUUCCUUUCCUUCUUAUUCCAUGUCUGGCUGUCUGGCUAUAUGGCUGUGUGUGGCUGGCCCCUUCUUUUCUCGCCUCUCGAUCUUUGAACUCAUAUUUCUCUUCCUAUUUAUUCUCUCUGCCUGCCAGCCCCAACUAUUUCUCUCUUCCUGCCCGGCUAUUUGGUCAUUCAGCUCUUUAUUGGACCAAUUAGGUGUUUUAGACAGGUAAAGUAACACAACUUCACAGAGUUGAGCAAAUACAACAUAAAAGAAUACAACACAUCUUUGCAUCAGUCCCCAAAUGUUCCACACAUAAACGAAUGUGACACAUCUUAAAACAAUAUUCCACAACAAAUAUGGAAGAGCCUCCCUGGUAUUUGGACUGAGCCAGGGGUGAGGGCAAGGAAGCAGUGAGUACUCCCCUAGUGGAAAGCUAGAUGGGUGUUGGGUGGCAUGAGCAUUCCCUCUACUAUAGAAGUGACGUAGAGGUCCAAUUGAAUCAAGUUUCACUGAAGUGGCAAAAUGUGCCAGAGACAAUAUGACCAACGCUGCCCCUCGGAAGUGAAAAUCCCUUUGAAGGAGAUGACCACAUGGUCCUGCUGUCUUUAGGAGGAUUUGCCCCUUGUUGACCAGCAGCUUUCAAAGGCCAGCACCCAAGUCCACUGACCGUGGAAUCCAGGCAUGUCUUAACUUGCUUUCAAUUGAGUGGACUGAAAUAUGGUGAGGUGGUUUCUUGGGCCAUUCACAACUGGCUAGCAGCUGGCUUUGGAGAAACAUAGGAACCAGCCAUGGAAAAUAUGCACUGUAGGAAGCAAUGGGAUCCUGGGAACCUGGUCCCCUCUGAGACAGGCCUUUGAGUUGAGGCUGAGUGGGUCUUCAGACUGGUGUGGGUUUUGUGUUGUGUUACCCCAGUCACUGGAGGCACAAGGAGUGUGGAUUGGCCUUUUGGAUAUAUGGGUACUUGUCUCUUCUAUUGGGAGGAGGGAAAAUUGAUAAGCUACUGGGAGACUGCCCAGUGGAAAUGGCUGGGGACAUCCUAGGGCUGAGGGUGCAUUUCCACAAUGUCUUUCUUCUGUAGAUGGAGAGAGAAAGGACUUUUACCUUAGUAGCUGGCUGGGGACCCUAGUAGCAAACGUGUACACCUCUCUGCAAACUCAUUCAUCUCUGUCAUCACUGCAACACAUUCACGGGGGCCAAUUCCUUGUGUGCAGAGCAUUGAACCUCCUUGUUCUUUACAUCAGUUCUACAAAUCUACAGAGUAGUGCCUGCUUGCUUGCUCUCUUUCUCUCCCCCCUCUCUCUUUCUCCUUCAUUCCUUCCUUCCUUUCUUCUUUCCUUCUUUCUUUCCAUUUUAAUUUGAGACAGGGUCUCAUCUUAUAGCCCAGGCUGCCCUUGCAUUCAUGGUGUUCCUCUUGCUUGGCUUCAAAGUGAAUAUUAUUUUGGGGAGACAGGCUCAUACUCUAUAGCAAAGACUGACCUAAAACUCACUAUGUAACUCAAGCUGAUCUCAAACUCACAGUGAUCCUUCUGCCUCAGCCUUCCAAUUGAUGAAUUACAGAUUAUAUCCAAUGCUCUCAAAAAUUACCUUUAAAAUGAGGGAACUGAGGCUCUGAAAGAUUAAUAACGCCAAUCUCUUGAUUUUCCCCCAGUCCCCAGUUGAUUGAUUCAAUGCCCAAGGCUAUGUGUAUACCACUGUAUAUGUGUAUACCUCACUGUAUACCAUAGUCUGACAAGAAAACUCUUGUUUGUACCCCAUGGCCUACUAGCCAAGAAAUGAAGUUCUUUUCUUUGUUAUUAUUCAUUAAAAUAACGGCGACACCA